AUGUGGAAAUUGUUACUCGAUCUUCUUGGGAGUAAGAAGUCUAACGGGCUAAAUCUCAGUUUGUUUAUGAAGUUUGUUGAUUCAGGAAUUACAUCUAAUGAACUGCUUGUACAUUUCAUGUUACGCAUUAUAAAUCAAAAGUCAGAGAAACAUCAUGGCCACCAAGGUUGUGAUUGCUUUGCUCCUGGAACUUUAAGUUGGGGUUGGGAUUCGUUUAUACCGCUGGUUGAUCUUGAAGAUUUAUCUAAUGGCUUCAUUGUUGAUGAUUGUAUUAUGAUUGAAGCAUGUAUCAAGAAUGUGUCUGUCAUUUACUAG